UAGGGAUUAGCGACUUUAAUACAUGUGGAUAGUUUGUUCACCCAAAAAUAAUACAACCUAGCUAGCUAGUCUGCGGUGGCUGCGCGUGUCUUCUUCCAUGGUCAUAGCAGGGGCGGAGAAUAAUAAACACAAGUCUUCAUUGUCUUUGAGGAGAAAACAAGACAUGGAUUCUUUAAGAGGCCAAGGUGGGAUUCAGAUGCUUUUAACUGCUGAACAAGAAGCUGGACGGAUUGUUUCGGCUGCUAGGACCGCAAAACUAGCAAGAAUGAAGCAAGCGAAAGACGAGGCUGAGAAGGAGAUGGAAGAGUACCGGUCGCGAUUAGAAGAAGAGUAUCAGACACAAGUGUCUGGGACGGAUCAGGAAGCAGCUGCAAAACGAUUAGAAGACGAGACAGACGCCAGGAUUAAGAACCUUAAGGAUUCUGGUUCAAAGGUCUCUAAGGAGAUUGUCAAGAUGCUCAUCAAGUAUGUUACCACUACUGGAGCAUGAUUCCUGAUAAACUCACUCCAUAGUACCUUAUUUUCAUGCUAAUAAAAUCGUUUGAUGCUUAAGUUCCA